AUGCUGAGCCUCAAGGAGCUCCCGGAGGACGAGAGCGACAAGAGUCUUACUCUUUCGGAAGUUCCUUCACAAGGGCGUAUGGUUACCCACGAGGCUACCAAAAAGCGAUACGAGGAUGGUUUGGCGCAAGUCAGAAGUGGUAACAUGGCUGGCUUUAGCAAGAUGCUGUACUCCAGGGCGCAGAAUGAGUUGCUUGGAUUGCCGGAAAAGAGCCUAGAUGAGUCUACCAAGGUUGGGAUUGAUAUGGUCAAGGACCUGCAUAGUCGUGUUGAAGGCAUGGCGUCUUAG